UGCUUGUUGCCAAGGUAACAUUGUGGCAGACAAAACUUCGCUUGCGCAUACAGGUGACUGUUAGCGGUGUUUUCACAACUCAGAUGGGAUAAAAAGUAGUUUGAAAGCUAUUUUCUUUGACUUUUGAAAGAAGCCAUGUUAGCUGAGGCUCGGGGUUCAGGAGCACAGUGGACGCCCUCCACCUCUGGGAAAGAUAUCAAAGAUCCAGGGAUACACCAGAGGCAAAAGGGUGGAAAGCACCAGCGACAAGCGUCAAGCCAAAGAAGCUGCUUCUUAGGGUUGGAAAUUAAGCCAGAGCUGGUCUGGGAGGACUGGGACCUGCGAAGAGAGUUCACCAAGACAUUAGUGUUAAAGAAUAUUCAUAGCAAGUUGCAGAAGCUACACGUCAGGCCUCCUGUGUCCAAGUUUUUCACCACCAUGAUUCCCCAGACAAUUGUUCUCAGCCCAGGGACUUCUUUUUCAAUGCCAGUCAUCUUUAGACCACUCCAGAAGUGUGAGUAUGAAGACAGCAUUGAGUUUCAAGGUAAAGAUGGCAGCUUCCAAGUAUGCCUCCGUGCCAUAAUUCCCUGCCAUGCCCUGGAGUUGCCCGACUCUGUGCUGCUGCCACUCUGUGCUGUUCAGCACUCCUCACAUACUACGUUCCUGCUCAAGAAUGUCAGUAAACUCCAGACAUGCUUCCAGUGGCAGUGCACAGCACCGUUCCAGCUAGCCCCUGAGCAAGGCUUAUUGAAGCCCGGCCAAGAGUGUCCCAUCACUGUGAUCUUCCGACCACAAGAGGCACUGGUGUGCCAGCAACAGGCCUGCUGCUGGUUUGGAGAAGAAGGGGACAAGGCAGAGAGCUGCUGCACUGUACUCCUACAGGGACUAGCCAAGUACCCAUGUCUUCAGCUGAGAAAUCCAAGUACCAAGGAUGAAAAAGAACAGUGUAGUCCAGUGCUGCACUUUGGCUCCGUGGCAGUCGGCCAAAGUUUGCAGAAACACUUCGAUAUCUUCAACCCCUCUCCUGUAACUGCGUCUUUCUCUCUGUUACACCUGUCCAAUGGGGUGCCUUUAUUGGGGUCAGAGUUCAGAUGUGAUGUCACCAGGGGUAAGGUGGCGCCUGGUGGCUCACUACGGGCUACAGUCACCUAUACUCCUGCUGUGGUUGAUACUGUCGCCGUAGAGUACCUGUCUCUAAAAUGUAGAGGGGCACUCAAUGAAAAUCUGCUUAAACUUACUGGAAACUGUACAGGAGGUGUCAAAGUUUCCUUGUCAUCCUCUGUGGUGGACUUUGGCUGUGUUGAAGAAGGACAAGCAGUCGUACAGACAGUGGAGCUGGUUAAUUCUUCGCCCGUUGACGCUAUCUACCAAUGGGACCUGGACUGUAGCGGGCACAGUGUUUUCAGCAUCCAUCCAGCAAAUGGUACCUUACGCCCACAGAGCCAUAUUACACUGAAGGCAGUCUAUAGGCCCACAUAUCCUAUUGCACAUCACAGGAGAGUGGCAUGUCUCAUACUGCACAGGGACCCCAUGUUCCUUGACCUGAUUGGUACCUGUCACUCAGAGCAUCAGCAACCAGCCAUACUGAAACCUGAACACUUGGUUCUGUACAAGCUCCACUGGUACCGCAGACAGGACCUGCCAGACACUCCCAGUGCCAUGCAGCCAGAUCAUAAUGUCCCCUUGGACCAACAGGGAGUGCUCUGCCCCCUGGAGGAGCAGUCACACCAGAGACCAGACAGUGCUGGUUCUAUGUCAAGAACUCCCAUGGAGGAAUAUUACGAAACCUGCAUGGGGUACAUGGAUCCCCUCUCCUGCGGUUCUUUAUUUUCUCCACAUGUAUCCAUGGUGCCCAGUGAGCUACUAUUUAAUCACAAAAUGUCCUCCUCUUUGUUGACUUCAUCCACUUCCUCUCAGUCAGUCUCCAUCACCAACCACACCAGGGGGAAACUCAGCCUGGUGUGGACUGUUCCCCAAGACUCUCCGUUCUCUGUAGCUCCUUUGGCAUUUGACUUGGCUCCACUGAAGUCCACCUCAUUCAGAGUGACCUAUGACCCCAAGCAGUUCAAUACUCUCCACGCAGCACAACUUGAGUGCUUUGCAUUCUAUAAGAACAAUUCCAUGCAACAGGUGCUGCAAGACAAUAAGCAAAUAGAGGAGCCACUGCUGUGUCCACCCUGGUGUGUGACUGUCAGAGUCAUAGGCCACUCCUUUCAGCCAGGCAAAGAGCAUUUCAUCCCAUGCUGCUCACUGAAGCCCCCUCGAGUGGUGUUCCCAGCCCUUAGUGUUCUUUCUUAUCGGACAGUACUCCUCCAGAAUUGUGGAGACCUACCCCUGACUUUCUGUUUGGACCACAGCUCAUAUCCUGCCUUGGCAGAAUCUGUGUUUGUAGUGCCGAACUGUGGUCUGAUCCAGCCUGGGAAUCACCAAAUCCUCACCCUCAGAACAACUCCCACUGAAGACAGUCCCGAACAGGGGUUCAGUUUACACUUUCAGCUCAAUGCAGCUAAACACACAAAGGAGCUGAAAGUUGUAAGUGUGGUGGAAAAGCUGUGUGUGUCUUUGGAAGGAGACAGCAGUUUGUAUUUCCACCCAACAGCAGUGGGCUCACGGACCACGCGCUCCCACCACAUCAGGAACCUCAGCCGCCUACCUUUACGAUUCCAAUGGAGCAUUCCAGACCCAGACCAGGAGCUUAUCUUUGUUGAACCAGAUGCUGGCGAACUGCAUCCCAAUGAGAGCUCAGCCCAAAUAUGGUCUUUCAGCCCACUGGCCGAAAAAACAUACACAUUCAAACCCACUGUCACCUUCUGGCCGAUCCAGACACCUGGAUUUAACAAGUCACACCUUACCCUUAAAGUGGUGGGAAUGGGCUCUAAAGGCUUCAUAGAGGCAGAGAAAGCGGUUCUGGAUGUUGGGGAGAUUCUGGUUGGAAGCUGUCGGUCAAUUGAGGUUCCUCUCGUGAACAACAGCCCCUGUCCUGUCUCCUUUUGUCUCUCUGUACAGCAGAAACUUGUGGAACCUAUUUGUGACCUGGAGAAUGUGCCAAGCGCCUUACAGCUGGACUGUGAGAGGGGAACCAUCGCCUCACACUCCACACUGCUGCUUCGAUCCACUGUCAGACCACAAAGACGAGCCCAGCACCUGUGGACCAUCAGCUACCAGACGCUGAAUGCCAGUGGAUUUGUGUCAUCUCCUCCCCAAGCAGUGUGUGAAGUGCGAGCUAAGGGCGUGUUUCCCACCCUCAAGGUGAUUGAUGUGUGCGGUGGUGGCAGUGUGGGAAGACUCAGCAAGGUGCUUCUGUGGAAACUCUUCUCACUUGGCAGCCUCAACGAGCACCUUCUCUCCAACCCCACCUCUGCAGAACUCACGUAUAGAACCCCCACCAGGCACAGUCUGCGCUCUUGUCCUUCCAUCUUCACUAAAGCCAUGUUGGAUUUUAACUUCAGUGCCGCUCCCCUGAAUUCAGACCCCUCAACUUUUGCGUUGAUGUUUCACAACCCUUGCUCCAUUCCUGUAGACUGGGCAUUCUUGUUUCCAGAAGACCAACAGAUAGAAUUGGAGUACUGGGCUGAGACAGGAGAGUUUAGCAGCACAGAGCUGUACCAGAUGAAGGUUCAGGACAACCAUCUGUUCAGCGUUUCUCCCCGUUCUGGAACUUUGCUCCCUGGUCAGCAGAGGGCAGUACUCUUCAGCUACAGCCAUGACUUUGUUGGGACAGAUCGGUUUCCUGUCGUGUUCAAACUUUCUUAUGGCAGAGAGAUUUUGCUGAACUUUCAGGGGGUGACGGUGGAAAGAGACAGGUUGUAUCUCCACUUUGCUUCCAAGCGACAUGUCUUCACUUCUGUAACGAUUGGGGACUGUACUCCGCCGAGGCAGGGGUAUGAACUACACAAUGGUGGUGCAGUGCCAGUCCAUUAUGAGGUGGACAAGGCUGUGCUGUCACAGCUACAGGUGGAUAACUUUAAUCAUCCAGUGCUGUGCUGCCUGAAUCCAGAGGGAGAGGUCUUACCUGGAAAGACGAUCCUGCUGGAAUGGAUCUUCUCUCCAAUGGAGGCUAAAAUGUACUAUAUGGAUAUUCUGAUCCACAUCCAGGAUGGGGACUCCACGCUAGUGAGGUUUGAGGGAUGUGGGUUUCAUUCUCCUGCACUGGGAUCCAAAAACCCAUUUAACUGUAUUGAUACUGAGGCAUCUGAACCCUCUGUCCAGAGGCUGCCUUUUCCAGGACAGGUUGUACUCCUGUCUGAGGACAGUGUUUCUCUAGGCAACAUCCCUGUGUGCUCACAAUUUUCAAGAAUCCUAUUCCUGACCAAUGUGUCCCACACAGACACUGUUCACUACACAUGGGACCUGCUCCAGCAGGACAAUCAGCAGGUGGUGCAGAUCCAUCCAGAGCGAGGUAGUCUGUGUCCAAGGGAGAGUGCCCUUUGUGUUCUUACAUUCACUUCUACUGACUACCCCACUUGUUAUCAGCUAGAUGUCAUCUGUCAGGUUAUUCAGGAAGCCGCACUGACUCGGUAUCAUGAUGCUUUGCAGCGUUGGGAGGAAGAGAAAGAGAGACAACAAGAUGAAUUUACUAUCACGGACAAAAAACAUACAGAAAGCAAAAGAGUUCUGAUAGAUGAGGUCCUUCCUCAAAUUCAAAGUCAUGUUUUUGACAGUAACCAUAACCAUUCUUCACCAUAUUCACCCUUUAUCUUGUUACAGGAACUUACAGGAGCUCCAGUAAGAAAAGGGCCAUCAUUCAGGAAAUACAAGACUCUUCCUCCUAUCUGCGGCAGUAGUAGUUGUGAGGCAUUGGGCACUAUAUGUACCAAGGUAACAAGAGCUGAGCGGCGGGCACAGCGAGAAAUGGCAAAAGUAUGUAGGCGCCCUGAACCCCCACAACCUUCUCUACUGCACCUGGAGGUUACAGCACACUCCCAUGAGCUUCUGGAGUACCUCACACACUUCCCUGAGCAGUUCAAUGAGCGCUAUAGAUGGCUCCAGUCAGUUAAGCCCCAGCAACUUGAAACCACUUCUUCUGCCGGGCUGCAGACACAUGGCCCUGAGAGAGAGAUCAUCACACAUGUACUCACCUCUCUGCUCAGGGGCAUACUUGAUGAUCCAGCCUUCACCCAGUCUCUGAUUACUUCGGCACCAAAGCCCAUAUCCUAUCAGCUUGGAGAAAAUACUCCCUCUCACUGCUCCUCGUUUCCAUCCUCCCUCCCUCCUCCUCACUGUCCCACAUCUUCUCACUGUGUACCGCAGCCUCAGGUUCCGUUAAGUGGGACAAUGACAGGGCACAAAGAACAGCACAACCCUGUGGACAGUGAGGGGACUGCAGGAUGUUCAGGAAACAGGCCAGAAACACAGAACACUCUGCACACAGAACAUGUGCCUGCUGACAUGAUGGAGGAUGUUUUGCUGAACACCCUUCAGAACCUGAUGAUGGAAGCUGUCAGAGGGGAGCUUGUCCUAACAGCGCACCCUCGCACUGUUAUCUUGCCACCUGUUUCUACCAGGACCAGGAGGACGUCCAAAGCCGUGGCUGAGGAUGAGACAGAACAUUUGAAAAACAAACAGGAAACAGCAGAAAGUUAAGUCUCACCCCUCUACCCAACAUCCCAGAUGUCUGUCUUCAUUAAAAUACAUCUUAUAUUUCCCAUGUUCACUUUGCCCUGAUUCUUGACCUGUUAGCUUUACUGUAUUCCACCCAGUGCCAUCCAUCAUUUUCCCUCCUCCAGCCCAACUGCUGUAUUCAUGUGUCUCUCUUUACAGCCUCCUUCCUCCCAGACUCUUCCAUAAACAUUUCGUAAAUGUUGUUUCAGUUGUAGUAAGACAUUUUUGGGAAUCAAUAAAAGAGAUUCCAACAUAUUAUUUGAGUACUAUGACACUUUGUGUAUUAGCAUCCAAAAACGUAAUCAGUUGAGUGGUUUUAAUGGCAGGUUGAUGAAAGUACUGAAACAUUUGAAAUGUAACCACAGGUUUGUUGACCAUGAUGUUCAGAAUACUAGAAUGUGUUUUAUUUGCAUUAUAUGACAUUUUGGAAGACUGUUAGAUAUGAUAUUAUUAUAUUACACUGCAUGUAAAACUUUUUUCACGAAUAGUAUUGGAAACAACAAUUUACAGAACAUUUGGAUUUUACUUUUCCUGUCUCAUUUGUUUAACCUUAGGCCUUGAUUCCAUGUCUGUCUGAUUAAAUCAACACCAAUAACUGUCAAUAACAAUAUGAGUACAGUAGGGAAAUA